UUUUGUUCCACCUGUGUAAAUCUGAAAGAAAGAAAAAAAAAGAAAUAAAACAUUUGACUAACAGGCUGGGUGGUGAAAGAUGUCUGGGAGCAUGCAGCGUGUGAAAGGGCGGGAUGUUGUGUUCAGUGUUUGGAGUGUGUUUAAUGGAGCAGUGUGUGUAGGUAGGUGGCCGCGCGGAUGGUAAGCGGUUGGCGGCGCGUCAUCAUGUGCCGGUGAGCGCGCGCUCCGCCUCAGCUGGUCCUCCAGCGUCUCUACCUUCUUGCCGCUCCAUCAGCCCUCGUUGGCUGGCUGAACUCUCACCCCGGCGCUCGGCAAAUGUCAAAGAGAGGCCCGUGCCGCAGCAAGGGGGCGUUGAGGGGGAAAAACAACUGCCUUUCUAAUCUUUUCUAUCAACCCAGUUUUUUUUAAAAUCAUAAAAAAUAAAUAAAUAAUAAUAAUUAAAAAAAAAAAAACAAAAACAGCUCACUGGAAGGAUUAUUGUAAGUGACGGAAGCGAGGGACAGCCAGCCAGCCAGCCAGCCAGCAGCCCGCCUCCUGUGUGCAGCACCGCGGACCCGCACCGCAGCUCCAUCGCUCUCGUUCCGCGCUCUGCUCGCUGCCAGACAUGAGAUAUGAAAGGUUUGUGCACUGGGACCUGCUGCUCAUACCAGCACACCCCUGUUCCACCAUGACCCCCAGCAGAGAAUUCUGGGAUUGACGGUAGCAUCACUCCCACUGAUGGCCUGCACCAGGUUUCAGCUAACCUGCUGAAGCUAUGGGGAGCUGUUGGAGCUGUCUAUACAGAGACGCCAUUCAAGACAACCACCCCACCAAAUUCAAGGUGACAAAUGUGGAUGAUGAAGGGAACGAGCUGGGAUCGGGGACUAUGGAGCUCACCCAAACCGAGCUCAUUCUGCACACACGAAAGCGUGAUGCCAUCCGGUGGCCGUACCUCUGUCUGCGCCGUUACGGAUACGAUUCCAACCUGUUCUCCUUCGAGAGCGGGAGGCGCUGUCAGACAGGACAGGGGAUCUUCGCAUUUAAGUGCUCUCGGGCAGAAGAGAUCUUUAACCUGCUGCAGGAGCUGAUGCAGUGCAACAGCAUUAAUGUGGUGGAGGAGCCCAUGAUCAUGACCCGGCCUGGCCACACUCCGGAAAUGGAGAUGCCUCGAACCCCUCAAACACCCAACACUCCUGGGUUCCCAGUGCAGACGUUUCCUAAUGGAUACCCGGGGUACCCUAUAAGCGCAGACUCAUCACAGCCCUCCCUUACCGAUGACCACAGACACAGCCUCAUGGGGAUGGACGACCAGACACAUACGUAUGUGAACACGGUCAGUAUGGAGAGUGAGCUUUCGAGCCGACACUGUGUACGAUCCCUGCCCGAGGUUCGGCCCCCUGCCUUCACCGAGGCAUCCACCAAACCCAGCCAACCCAGCAUGCACUGCUGCGGCAUGGACGACUCUCAUAAGGACCCUCAGCUCUUCCUCCAGCCAGGGGCUCAGGAGGUGAAGUUCAUGCUGGGGCCGACGCCGGCACAGCGCCACCUGCUGGAGCGAGACAGAGACCGGCACUCCUCUCACCCUCUCCGAGCACCCGAUGGCAGCUCAGAAACCGAGGGAGACGAGGCUCCGCCCCUUCACAUGUGCAACACACAUUCCUACCACCAUUACCACCAUCAUAUGCACCGGCACUCCAGCAUGGAGCCUUGCCCGGGAAGCCAGCUAACAUAUGAGAACAUUAAUGGUCUUCGAGGGCCACGCAGGCAGAGGCUGAGCCCCAGCAGUGCCUCCCAGUCGCAGUCUGUGGGCUCGAGCAGCAGCAGCAGCACAGCUGGAGAAACACACCCACAUACACACCCACACUCUCUGCCACUCUCCCAUACACAUGCCUCGGCAUUGCCGCCGCAGGGCUACAGCGGGGGUCAUCGCCGCUCUGCGCUGCUCAACUACGAGAACCUUCCGUCACUGCCACCAGUGUGGGAGUACCGUGCUCUUCAGCGUGAUGAAGAAGAGGAGCAGGAUGAAGAUGAGGAAGAUGAUGAGUAUGAGGAGGAAGAGGAGGAGGACUUUGAUGAGUAUGAAUACUCAGAGGGGCCAGGAACCCCGAAUGGAUAUCAUCAGGAAAGUGGUGGCAGUGGUGGGAUUCAUCGCGAUGCUCUGCAGAACUACGUCAACACAGAACAGAUUCAGCCUCCCACCCAUCUGCAUCACGGAUGCCCUCCUCAUCCUCAGCCCUCUGAGAGGGGCGGCCGAGUUUUCAGUUUUGAUUUCCGCCGGCAUCGGGCGGGGCGUGGCACAGUUGGCAGUGCAGCCUGCGAGCAGCAUGGCCGCCACCUGCCCCCUCCACCCUCUCGCCAGCUCAACUACAUCCAGGUGGACUUGGAGGCUGGAGCCUCGAGUUGCCCAGGACACGGAGGGGGCAGCACUCAAGUGCCACAGAGACCGCCUCCAAUGAAGCGUGGCAUGGCUGCUGCCCCAGUAAUGCCUCCCUCCCGCCGUGGUGAAUGUUAUGCUGUGAUCGACCUGCAGAAAACCGCAGCCAUGUCCAAUCUGCAGAAAGCCCUGCCUCGUGAUGAUGGCACGUCCCGAAAGACCCGCCACAACAGCACCGACCUGCCUCUGUGAGACAAAAUGAGUGAUAAAGACUGAAGGAAAAAAAGAAUGCUAUGGGUAAGAGUAGAAAACAAAGGAGCUCUGUGGUGUUACUACCCUCUCACCAUUUAGUUGGAGUUUCCAUCCUCACACUCAUAUUUUCAACACAUUUGCACUUAUGCCAGCUACUUCUUGUGGACAAUAAGGCGGAAAUGAAUAUACCAGCUGUACGUUAUAUAAAUUCAUGCAAUUUUUAAAGGUGGCCCAUAACUGAUUUGGUGUCCAGUGACCAUCAAAUUGUAAUCAAGCCCCUCCUUCUAAACUGAGCCUCAGAGUUAUACCUUUACAGGUUUACAAGAAAAGUGUUUAAAAUAAUCUAAAAGGAAAUGUUUGAAUUCCGGAUCACAUCUGAAGCUGCUCUGUAAACAGCUGUAUUUUCAGCUUAGGUAAUACAGAGUACUACAUGUUUAAAAGCUUAUUUAUUCACAACACUUUUACUCAUUCAUCUAGUCUAUCAUUAAAUUUUAUAGUAUGUUACAUUAUAGAGCAUAAAACUUUAACUUUUUUUGUUUUAAAUUAAACAUUCAAUACAUUUAAUUUAACAUAAUCUACACUUUGAAAGUUCUUUGUGUCUGAAAGUACAGAUUAGGAAAUAGUAAAAGACAUUACAGUCUAAGAGAUUACAGUCUUACUGCUGUUCCCACAACCCCAAAGUAAUCACUCAUAGGUGAUUCACAUUCAAGUGUUAAUGAAGUGCAAAUCCAAGACUAUGUAUUUAUGUAAAUCUAUGUUUUGGAAAAACUGUGCAAAGCAUCAUAGCCAUGCAUAUGCAGAAGGAAGGACUUUCAUUAUUUUUUUAUAAAAAAAAAAAAGUCAUUCCAUGAGCCUUGAUUAGGCAAACCUUAUUUAUAUUAAUUUAUUUAAUUUUAUUAUGCAUAUUUAUGCAUUUAUGGAUUUGUUUAAUUUUGUUAUUUGACUCUUAUAAGUAAGAGUAGAUAACAUAUAUGUCAAUGAGAUUAAUUGUCUUCUAAAGAUAGCGUAGGCGAUGACGAAGACGAUAGAAUCCAGCUUUGUUACAUGUCAUGUCACUGUUACAUUGUAUUUAUAACUGCAGUUUCAUAUGGAAUAAUUCUAUUUUAAGGACAUAUUGUGCCAAACAGAUGAAUAUAAUACUGAAUAUAAUCAUGUGCCAAUGGUGUAUAUGGAGUUUGAGGGCUAACUAUCUACAACAGCUGAAAAUAAAAUACAGCUGAACUCACUACACAAAAAUGAUAAGCUAUCCAGGGCUAAAAUGUUGAUGAUUUAGACAUUGCCUCCCAUUUAUACAUGCCAAUUCAGGAUUUUCAGUUUUUACUGCAUUUAUUGACUUUAUUGAAUCUGGAUGUUUUGUUGUUAGUGGCAGAAUUCCAGUCAGGGCUCAUGUUUGUCUGUUCCACCUAUAGUAACAGGUAGCCUACUAUACAUGUUGCCUUGCAGUUACACUAUACUGUGAAAAAGACUAAUAUGAAUGAUGGCUCAAAUUCUGCAAUUACCAGAUGUUCAUAUAUAUGAAGAUUACAGCACCAAGAAUUUUGUUAGGAAGGUUUUCUGCACAAAGAAUAAGACUAAUCCAAAAGUAAAAAGGCUUUUCAAUUGAGAUUCUGACUUUACUAUAAGAUUAGGGUUAAUCUGUGUUGGGGGAAAAAAGGGCCAUAAAAUAUUUACUUGUUUUAUUCAAGUCAUUGGUCUUUACUUCCUGAUAAAUUCUUUCCACCAAUUUUUCAAAAUUUCAUUUUGUCAUAAGAACUGUGUAUAACUGUAGUAUAGUUACACAUUUCAUAAACGUGCAAAUGUACCACAGUUUUAUAUAUAAUUAUUUCCACCUUCAAAAAAACAGUGAGUAAGUGUUCUGUACUUCAUAUAACUGAACCAUAACCAUUAUUUAUCCCAUUUAAAUAUUAUGAUUAUAGACAUAGCCCAAAAAUACACUUACCACUCAGCUAUGAAAGUGCUAGGUAUGUAUAUGAAACUUUGGAAAAUAGGUGGAAACAUUUUUUUGUUUGUUUAGCUGGGUGGGGAUGUAGACGCAGUGCUUCACAUUGGAAUUGGCAGCCAUGCUGAACUGAGAGCAGAGCCACAUGGAGCGUCAUUACCAAAUUCUUUCCGACUUUGAUCUAUUUACAGUUUUUUUUGUUGAUGCAUUUGUCAAAACAAUGUUCUCCUGGACCAAUGAGAGGAAAUAGGUAAACCUCAUUAGCCUUGUGUUACAAAUUUGUCCUAAAUUUCCAGUACUUAAAAUGAAGUAUUCUGAUUUUUAAUUCAGAAUUACUUUCCUGAGAAACAUUCCCACAGCUUUAGUUAUUCGAGCUCAAAGCGAUUGUUCUUCAUAGAGCCUUGCAUUUCGCUCCAGUAUGGCUGUUAGUGGGGUCAAGCCAAACAAAAUCAACAUGUAAUAUACACUCACACAGGUACAUUGCAGUGUUUGUGAUGUACUCUAAGAAUGCGAUGAUAAACUAUUUGGACACUUUUGAACACUUUUAAGAGAGUCAAUCUAGUUUUAACAUCUAUAUUUUUGGUAUUGUUGUGUGAAAAAACAUUUUGCAAUAACAGCUACUGGGGUCAUAUCAGUGUUUGUCUAAGUUGUGAAAAAUGAUGAUCUGUGUGUGGGGUACGAAGAGAUUUCAUCACCUUUCAAAGAGGUCUUAAUCAGCACUGGCUUUGCUGUCUUUCUCAGGCCUUGAUACACAUGUGCUGUUGGGUGUAAUCCAGGCAUUGCGGGGAAGGGGGAGUUGUAUUUGUAUUAAAUGUGACAUAUGUGGGAUCAUAGAUAACCUAAUUGUGCCAUAAAAAAGUAUGAAUUGUUAUUAAAUUGUGAGGAAAAUUAAGGUACACUAGGAAACCUUAGAAUCUUGUGUUUAUGUUGAUUGUGUGAGACCUCUUUGGAUUGUGAAUGUUUUUAUUUUCCAUUUUUAACAUAAUUUUUUAUUCCAUCAGGGUCAAUGAAGUAGCUCUUCGCUGUGAAUUUCAUAUAUUAUGGGUUACACUUUAGACCCAGGCUAGUUGCACUGACAAUAGAAAUAGGACAACAAUAAUACUGAAUUACUGCAUAUUGAAUCCCACUGUAAAAAAAAAAAAAAAAAAAGAAAAAAAGAAAAAAAAAGGAUAUGUUUUCAAAUUUUACAAAGAAAGGCUGAAUGUUCAUUUAGCAUUUACAGGUGUCUUAAUUGCAAUCUUUGUUUAGACUUUCCUUGUUGACUUGUUUUCGUCAAAACAACUAUGUACCUCUCCAUUAAUGCAAUGUCAUAAAUGGGAUUUGCAUAUAAUUCUAUUUUCAUCCAAGCCUGAGAUAAAUUUUCAGCUGAAGGUAAUUUUGAAGGAAAUCUAACUGAAAACUGAAUGACUUACUGGCAGUCUGGCUUCAUAUUUUGUCUUAAUAAGGCUUAGGCAGAGCUCACUGACUGUGAUGUCCUGCGCAUUAAUGUGAAUGAGUGCCAAAUGUGUCUGAGUAAGAGCGAUCGAGAGCGGCUCAUGCAUGGACUCUUUAGUGGAGCUUGCUGGGCUCAAAGCUCUGUGAACAGUCUUACUCUCUGUAUGAAUGUAAUACACAGAGACGGACUCGUAAAACGCCCAGAUCAGGCGAUUUACACUUGAUGUUUCUAUCCUCACUGAUAAAAAAAAAGUGUUACUGUUUUGUCUUGAAAAUUCGAUUUUUUCCAGUUGGUUUCUUUGUAUACAGUAUUUACAUUUUCUUGUAAGUAUGUAUUUCUGUGUGCGUACAUAACAUAUAUAUGGGUAUGCGGUGGCAGUCAGCUUCUCCUGUGUUUGUUUACACAACACACUACUUUUUGCCACAGCUGUUGAACUGUAGGAAGAACCGUCCGAGCACCGGAAUUCAUUUCGUUAGAUGGACAAUGCAUUGUCGUCUCUGUCCACAGAGAUGAGAUCUUCAGUAGUCUGACGUAGUUGCAGUCCCAACCCUUCCCUCCUCCUUACAAUGCAGAGCAGGCAUGCCCCAUAUUGAAUGUUAUUUUCAGUCGUAUAAACCUUUGAAGAGAAAGGCUUGUACAAUAAAAUGAAUGUGAUUCAAUGUAAUGUCAAUAUUAAAACUGGAACUGUAAAGAAACGCUUGUGCUGAUGAGUCAUUUUAAGAGUCACUUCAAGAAACUGGAUCACAACAGUGUGUUUUCGAUCUUGUGUCCUGUUUAAUUCAAGAAACCAUAUUCAGUCGUUGUCCUCAAACAGUGUCAUAUGCUAUUAAUAGAACAGCCUUAAAGGUUUGAAAGGUUUGUCGUUUAACCCUUAUGCUCUGUUCACUACAUAGCAAUAGAUGUACAGCAGAUGCAGCAAAAAGUAAACGUGUCCUUUUUCAUGUUAAGUAGGGAAAAUGAGCCAUAACUUUUCAUGUUGGGAAAAAGAAAACAUUUUUAUUAUAGUUCCACUUUAAGUAGAAAUUUAAAACAGGUCAUUUUGACCCAAACAUGGCACAAGGCUUAACUGUAAUUUUGCAGAAAACUUUACAGAAAGAUUAGUAGGUUCUUUUAUUGGGUUUCCCUGGUAGAAAAAAUUGUUAGCCCUCACUUCUUCACCAAGUGCUGCUGCCAGAGCCGAUGCCUUUCCACACUUUUCCACUGCAACAAAGCAGUGAUUUUGAUUUUCUGCACUGAAAUACUUCUCAUCAUCACACCUUUGAAGUUUUAUAGAACUUAGCAGCAGAAGCUUUCAGAGAGUCGCAGUUAUUAAGAGGAUGUCACAGUAUCAAGUAUCGGCUGAUAGAAUUCAGUAUCACACCAAAAACCGGUGCAAAUGCAACAACAUCAUAUACUAUUUUUUCAUAGAGUUAAUAAAGGCCUAUAUUGUUGCCUUAAGGUCCACCUUUUCAGAAAACAGAGCAUUCUCCUGAGAAAUAAGUAGAGUGUGAUAUCGGUCCUCUCUAAUAAUUAUCUGCCGAACCACUGCAGGCUGUAUGUAAACUGAGGCACUGAUCUGAGGUGAGUAUCUGUUAAUGUAAUGCAGAACUGUUAUGUGCAUCUGCUUCAUACACUGAGAUAAUCUAAUCAGAUACGUCAAUGCAUGCGAUAUGCAACUGUGCUUUACUUCAUCUAGUCUGUUUUUUGUUGUCUUUAAAUUUGGUUAGAGAAGACUCGAAUUUAGCAUUUAAUUCUCAGACAGAGUCUUCUUAACAGUUCACCACAUGUAUAUGGUAUAUCUGAAAGCUUUUACAUUGAGAGUUCUGAUGCCUUCCACUAAAAGCAAUUAAAAACCACCUCAUGAAUUUCUGGAAUUUAUUGCAAAAGUUUUUACAAGGUCUCAAGUUCAAUCCUGUGCUUGGAUUACUGUCUGUGUGACAUUUCACAUCUUCUUCCUGUGUCUGAGUAAGCUUCUCCAAGUUCCUCCCACUUUCUAAAAACAUGCCAGCAGGUAAAUUGGCAAAGUGUUUGGCAAAUUGCUCCUAGUUGUGAGUGAGUGAGUGAAUUUGUGUGUGGUGUCCUGAAAUGGACUGGUGUCCCAUUCAGGGUGUAACCCCACCUCACGCCCCGUGUUCCUGAGAUAGGCUCCAUAUCCACCACAAUUCACCAUGACCCUGACCAGGAUGAAGAGUUUAGUAAAGAUUAAUGAAUUAAAUUAUCAUUACUUAAGUGUAUAACUUUAUGUAAUAAUUUCCAAAGCUGACAUGUUAUAACAUGACAUAUAAUGCUAGUUGAACCUGUUACUGCUUAGUGGGAAAAAUCUCAUCACUUUUUCUAAACCCAGUGACACUGUUACUAUCAGGUUCAGGAUAUUAUAUAUAAUUUCAGUAUAUUAUUAUACUAUCAGUAUAAUAAUAAUUUUCUUUUGUAAGGAUGAGUGUAGGUUUUCAUAAAUGUAUAUGAACAUUUUUAGACACUUGCUUGAAAAAGGAUGAUAGUAUGGCCUCAGUAUCCUCAGAAAGAGAAUCAGGGUUGUGGUGGAGCCUGAUUUUAAUCCGGGAACACUGGGUGUGAGGUGGGAAUACACCCUGGAUGGGAAGCCAGUCCAUGACAGGGCAUCUUGCACACACACAUUCACACUCAUUUACACCUUGGGUUUAAUUUAGCUUAGCCAGUCUGCCUACUGGCAUGGGUUGAGAGGUGGGAGGAAAACAAAGCGCCUGAAGGAAACCAACACAGACACAGCGAGAA